AUGGAACUGGACCAUCCCUUGGGUCACAGCAAUCACGUGUCAAUUCACAUCCAGAAUGCCGACGCUGCCACCACCUCCGCCACCACCACCGACCAGUCGUUCGACGUCCUGGACAAGGGCAUUCCCAGCAGCAGCGACAGCGUCCAGACCAAGCUCGCCUGGCUCCGCACUCAGAUCAUCGGCGGCGCAGCCGAGUUCCACACCCCCUUUGGGCGCCGCCGCCUCACCUACGCCGACCACACCGCCUCCGGCCGCGCCCUCCAUUGCAUCGAGAACUACAUCACCACCACUUUCCUCCCCUUGUACGGCAACAGUCACACGAGCGACAGCCACGUGGGCAUCCACACGACGCAAAGGGUCCGGGAGGCCGCGGACUACGUGAAGAAGUGCCUGGGCGGCGGGGAAGGGGACGCUCUGUUGUUCUGCGGGUCGGGUGCCACGGCCGCCGUGAAACGCCUCCAGGAGGUGAUGGGGAUAGCGGUGCCCUCGACGAUGAGAGAGCGAGUGGUGGGAUGUCUAAGGGACGAGGAGAGGUGGGUGGUGCUUGUGGGGCCCUACGAGCACCAUUCCAACAUCCUGUCCUGGCAACAGACCCUGGCCGAGGUGGUCGAGAUCGGCAUCAACCCCCACGGCCUCCUUGACAUGGAGGACCUCAGAGACAAGCUCGCUCUUUACAGAUCCAACAACCGCCCCAUCUUGGGCUCUUUCUCGGCCUGCAGCAACGUCACCGGAAUUCGUACCAACACGCGGGCCGUAGCCCGGCUUCUGCACGAGCAUGGGGGGUUCGUCUGCUUCGAUUUUGCAGCCAGCGGGCCAUACGUGAAGAUCGAUAUGAGGUCAAGGGAAUUGGACGGGUACGACGCAAUUUUCAUGAGCACGCACAAGUUCUUGGGGGGUCCGGGCUCGCCUGGGAUUCUACUGAUGAGCAAGGCCCUGUAUCGGCUGGGUUCCUCGCCCCCAUCCACCUGUGGGGGUGGCACAGUUAAUUAUGUCAAUUGCUAUAAUCAAAAGGACACCAUAUACAUAGACAGCAUAGAGGAAAGGGAAGAUGCAGGGACACCACCAAUCAUCCAGAAAGCAAGAGCCGCAUUGGCUUUCUGGAUAAAGGAGUACAUAGGCUACAAGGCCAUAUCAAGGCUGGAGAAAAACUACAUAGGGAGAGCCCUCGAAAGACUCGGGUCAAACCCUCACAUUAAGAUUCUUGGGAACACGAACACAGCUGUCAAGAGACACGCCAUCUUUUCUUUUCUUGUGCUCUCAACCACAGAUAUAUCAAGCAGGAACGAGGGGAAGCUUGGCCUGGACUUUUGGAGGGAGUCGGGGAACACGUUUGGUAAGCCCCUGCAUGGUCCUUUUGUCGCCAAACUUCUCAAUGACCUGUUUGGCAUCCAGGCCCGAGGAGGCUGUGCUUGUGCUGGGCCCUAUGGGCAUAGGCUACUCAACGUUGAUGAGCCACUUUCCCUCGCUUUCAGAUCCCUCAUUCAAAAGGGUUACACUGGGAUAAAGCCCGGGUGGACGAGGGUGAGCUUUCCGUACUACAUGUCAGAGGAAGAAUUUGAAUAUAUCUUAACAGCCAUUGAAUUCGUAGCUGUUUAUGGGCAGAGGUUCUUGAGUUGGUAUAACUUCAGCUGGACGACGGGCGUUUGGACAUUCAACAGUAAAGCUCUGAAGGACAAUUACGUCAACCGUAUCCUUGACGGGCCAUCCUUAUCGUGCAUGAUCAAGGCAUUGAACAUGGAGGCUAGUAAUGAAGGGCAGGUGUGCUUGAAAAAGGACGACGUGCUUUGUAAAUAUAUCAGCUAUUUUGACACUGCAAAGAGGAUAGCUGGAGUCUUACCGAAAUUCCCACCACACAGAAAAAUACCAGCGGAUAUUGACGUUAAUCUUGUGCCCUUUAGGCUUUAG